AUGUCGCGACGGAAGCAGGCGAAGCCCCAGCACAUCAACUCCGAGGAGCAGCCCCCAGAUGCUGCAAGUGGGAGUCCACAAGACGUCCCAGGUGACAGAGAUGGUGAAAUGAGUUCCAAAAGGUGUCGCACGGAGGAAACCAAGAUUUGUGAGAAAUGCUGUGCAGAAUUCUUUGAUCUCUCUGAAUUCCUUGAGCAUAAGAAAAAUUGCACUAAAAAUCCACCUGUUCUAAUCAUGAAUGACAGUGAGGGAACAGUACCCCCUGAAAGCUUCUCUGAAGCUUCUCUAGGGAGCUUUCCAAGUGAUCGAAUGGACAGCAGGACACGCAAGGACGUUCAGGCAAAGGGCUGCACUGCCUCUAUGGAAAAGAGAGAAGGAAAAAUGGAUGCUGAUUCAGUAGGAGGAAUGUACCUUAAAAUAGAACCUCCCAUCACACCUGCAGCUCCUGGGCUAAGCUAUCUACCAAAAUCUAAAGUACCGAACACUAAUGUGACUUUGCAGACGAUACGUGGCACUAAAGUGGCUGUGAACCAGCGGACCUCGGAUGCCAUUUCUUCUUCAGCAGCCAGUUUUAAUGCUAUCCCCAUGAUCCUGGAGCAGCUCGUGUGUUUGCAACAGCAGCAACUUCAGCAAAUUCAGUUGACGGAGCAGAUUCGCAUUCAGAUUGCCAUGAUGGCUCCCCAUGCGCUGCAUCCUUCUAUAGCAGCUGCUACUGAUCCACUCAAAGCUCUGGGCGCUCACAUGUCUCAGCAGCUGUCGGCUGCUGUUGCUUUAAUUGGACAAAAAGCUGGAAGCCAGAGCCUAUCACUGGAAUCCUUGAAGCAAGGAAAACUACCUCAUUCUAACACUGGCAUUGCAGCUGCCAGCUCGCUGGCUGCUGGGCUGUCCUCCUCCUUCCCUUUGAAGCCGGAGGCAAGCAGAAGCCUUCCAGGCUCCAUUUCUCGCUUCCAGAAUCCUUUGCUACCUCAGUCCUCCAACUCUGUCAUCUUCCAAAAUCCACUAACAGCUGUUUCUUCUGUGAUAGAUUCCUCAAAGAAGGGGAAGGGAAAACCUCCCAACAUUAGCGUGUCUGAAAGCAAACCAAGCGCAGAGGAGCCAUUCUUCAAACACAAGUGUAAAUUCUGUGGCAAGGUCUUUGGCAAUGACAGCGCCCUGCAGAUUCACCUGCGUUCCCACACUGGUGAAAGACCUUACAAGUGUAACAUUUGUGGGAACCGCUUUACGACCAAAGGAAACCUUAAAGUGCAUUUUCAACGUCACAGAGACAAAUAUCCCCACAUAAAGAUGAAUCCUUACCCGGUUCCUGAGCACCUGGACAAUGUUCCCACUAGCACUGGAAUCCCAUAUGGGAUGUCUGUGCCACUGGAUGAGUCUAACUUAAUUGUGGAUAGCAAACCUCUUCUAACAACUCUGCCUACCUCUGCAGCCACCAGUGCACCUCAGAGCAUCACCAAUCUAGCAGGCAUUAAGGAGUCUCUGCCUGGUACGUUCUCAAGUGACCUGCAGUCAAGGCCUUCUCCAGAAAGCGAAGCAGGCUCUUCCUCAUCAGGGGCAGUGGGUCAUGAAUCGGGAACAGAGCAGAGCUUAAGUUCACCACAAGCUACCUGCAGCAUGAGCAUCUUCCAUGUAGGUGGGCCAAAUGAGCAAAGCUCCGAAACAUCAAAACUUCAGCAACUGGUUGAAAACAUUGACAAAUCCACUGCUGACCCCAACGAGUGCCUGAUCUGUCACAGAGUGCUGAGCUGCCAGAGUUCACUCAAAAUGCAUUAUCGUACUCACACUGGAGAGAGGCCGUUCAAAUGUAAAAUCUGUGGCCGUGCCUUCUCCACUAAAGGGAAUCUUAAAACCCAUUAUGGUGUCCACCGGGCCAAUACUCCUUUAAAGAUGCAACAUUCGUGUCCUAUUUGCCAGAAGAAGUUUACGAAUGCAGUUGUGUUGCAGCAGCACAUCCGCAUGCACAUGGGAGGACAAAUCCCCAAUACACCGAUGCCAGAGAACACCUGUGACAGUACUGACAUGGACCCUGCUGUGGCUGAGAAGAAUGGAGACAUCAGUCGCCCAGAUGACACCGUGGAAAGCAUAGAGAUGGAAGAGGAUCUGGACUCUCAGGAUGUCCCAAGGAGUUCUUCAAAACCUCCUACCCCAUAUGAUGCACAAUCGGAAUUGACAGCCACAGCAGCCACCUUCUCUGGUAUUGCAGCACUGGAGAAUCAAAUGAAGAUUGUCAAUUCUACUUUAAACUUGCAGCGGCAGAGUAGUUUGAAGUCUAGUGACAAUGGCUCAGCAGAAAGUGAUGGCAUGACAAAUGAUUCAUCUUCUGUGGCAGGAGAUCCAGAUUACCAGAAUGGCAGGAGUCCUGCUGCCUCUGAGUCUGCCUCACUCCAGGCUCUAUCCCCAGCCAACAGCCAAGCUGAGAGCGUAAGAUCGAAGUCACCUACCAUCAACAAUCAAGAAGAUACAGGCACAGGGAAUAAAUUAGAGGGUUCUGAGAACACUUCUGCAGAAAUGGAAGGGGUUGUUGGUGCUUUGGAUUUAACUUACGGCAAUAUUGGUCGAAAGGUCAUUAAAGAAGAGCCUGGGUUGCAGUUUGCAAAUGGAGAAUAUGGUCGAAGUAGUAUUCCAGCUGCUUUUGUUAGAGGCCCACCACCCCUUAUAAAAAUGGAGAUGCAUGGUGAGCGUCCCAUUAGCACUAGCCAUUUCAUUGGCCCACCAGCUCUCUCCCCUGGUGUUGCCCCUCUCCUCGUGCCACGGCCAAAAUUCUGCCGUCCUGCCAAACAGCACAUCUGCACUACGUGUGGGAAGAACUUCUCCUCUGCCAGUGCCCUUCAGAUCCAUGAACGGACCCAUACUGGUGAAAAGCCAUUUGCCUGCACCAUCUGUGGGAGAGCCUUUACAACAAAAGGAAACCUGAAGGUCCAUGUAGGAACUCACAUGUGGAAUAACUCUGCCAGGCGAGGAAGAAGGCUUUCUAUUGACAACCCCAUGGCUCUGCUGGGGAAUGAUCCCAAGAAGGUAUCUGAAAUGUUUCCAAAGGAUAUAAUGCCUUCUUCAGUGAGCAUUGACCCCACAGUAUGGAAUCAGUAUGCAGCGGUACUCAGCAAUGGCAUAGCAAUGAAGACUAACGAGAUCUCGGUGAUCCAGAGCGGUGGCUUACCUACCCUGCCAGUCACCAUCGGGGGUGGUUCAGCAAUAAAUACUGCUACAGUCUCCAAAAUUGAUGGGACCCAGUCUGGGACUGGUUCUGAUACAGAGAAGGCCAGUGGUGCUGCUGCAGACAAUGUGCCAAAACACCAGUUCCCUCACUUCAUUGAGGAGAACAAAAUUGCUGUUAGUUAA